AUGGAGAUGAUGGACUUUAGUGACACCGGGAAUUUGAACGAAUCUUUAUCAGAGAGUAUAGUGCCCCCGAUUUUACAAGGUUCUUUCGGAAUUUUCGGAAAUCUUCUUGCUCUUAUCCUGCUUUUCUGUUACUCCAAAUCGCAUAAAUGGGGAGCAUUCUAUAAAUAUGUGUUUGCGCUGGCAAUAACAGAUUUAUGCGGACUGUUAUUUCACUACCCCGUAGCCGUUACUAGAUAUGCUUCUAAUUUUGAAUUCGAUUUUCCUGAAAAAUUUUGCUACUUUGACGUUUUUCUAUUCUCGUUUUCUUUUCUAUCAUCCGCCAUGAUAGUAUGUGCUAUGUCUUGUGACCGUUUAUUUGCGGUUAGAUACCCAAUAACUUACAGACGUGGAAAUCAUAAAACUAAGAGGGUACUAUUAGCAGUUUGGAUAUUUUCGGCAAUAAUUGCUUCGUUUCCAUUGCUUGGAUUUGGAUCCGCUAAAAUGUACUAUCCCGGAACUUGGUGUUUUAUCAAUUUUGCAAGCCAGCGUUGUUUGGAUAGAAUCAACACGUACGUUUACUCAAGCCUGUGUUUAUUAAUUCUGUUAAUUACUGUUAUAGCAAACACAGCUGUUAUUUAUUCAAUCUGUAAAUAUGACAAACAAGAUUGCAUAAUAUCGAAUGAUUUCGAAAGGAGGAGAAGGAAGAAUGAUGAAACAUACAUAGUUACGUUAAUGUUGUCCAUUGUAAUAGUAUUCAGCGUUUGCUGGAUACCUUUAGUGGUAGGUACUUGA